UAAAAGUUCGUAUUAAAAGGUUAACAACGUCAACGGUGUCCUUCUUGCUCUCUAACCGGAGUACGCUCACAGGUGAAGAAUCCCCAGCACAACAGUUUUCCCUCAUUAAUUCCCCAAUAUUGGUCUCUUCACUCGCGACGGUGAAAUGGACAGGCGGGUAACGAUGGCCGCGGACGGCGGCGCGCUCGGCGCGAGAGAGCGACAUCUUCCCGCGCAUCUCGAAAGCUACCAGACAAGCUCGCCACCCGAGACAGUGGAAAUCACUGAGUUCAGCAGUUGGAGAGAUCUGGUCAGGGCUACUCAGCAGUCACUUCAUGGGGCGGCGGCUGACUCUUCUUCGCCUCUGUGUGACCUUCGAGAUGCAGAAGUCCACCUGCUAAAGACCAGCCAAGCAGAUUGCUUCUCCGAGGAAGUCAGAUGUCUCAGAGCUGGCAAGCCUGUGCCCCCCAGCAGUAAACUGAGUGCGCUUGCUCCGGAACUAGACCCUGAAAUGGGUCUUAUACGUGUUGGAGGACGCCUGCGCCGCUUAGACAGCUCGAGCCCCACUGACAUUCACCUGAUACUGCUCGAUCCACAUCAUGCAGUUACCAAGCUCCUCAUUAAGGACAUGGAUACUCAACUACACCACCCUGGGCCUGACAGGGUGUUUGCAGAGAUGAGGCGUCGUUACUGGAUUCUGUGGGGAAUGCAGGCUAUUAAGAAGUAUCAGAGAACUUGUGCGGGCUGUGUGAAGUGGAGAGGGAAGCCAGUGGUGCCGAGGAUGUCAGAUCUGCCGUCUGCGGCUGCUCAAGCCUCCAUUCUUCUCAACAGGCGUGGACUGCUUUGGGCCAUACAUGGUCAAGGCUGGGAGGCGAAGUGAAAAGCGCUGGGGGAUUAUUUUUAAAUGUCUCACGACGCGGUGUAUCCACCUGGAUCUGCUCACCAGUCUCGACACAGAUGCUUUCCUCCUAGCACUGAGACGGUUCAUCGCCCAGAGGGGCACACCCUUUGAGGUACUCUCUGACCAGGGGACUAACUUCAGAGGUGCAGAUAAGGAGCUAAAGGAGGCCUUUGCAGCGAUGGAGUCACAGUUGCAGGAGAGGCUUGUAGGAAAACAGAUAAAAUUCUGUUUUAACCCACCUGCAUCUCCCCACUUUGGUGGUGUCUGGGAGCGCGAGAUUCAGUCAGUCAAGAAAUCCCUACAAGUGGUCAUAGGUGCACAAGUGCUCCAAGAAGAGGUUCUGCUCACACUUCUCAUUGAGGUGGAAGGCAUCCUCAAUGCCAAGCCUUUAGGAUAUAUAUCCUCAGAUAGAGAUCCGGACCCAGUGACGCCUAGCAUGUUGUUGAUGGGGCGGCAGGAUGCCUCUCUCCCACAAGUCACCUAUGCUCCUGACAAGCUCACUAGGAGGCGCUGGCGUCAUUGCCAGAUGAUGGCGGACCACUUCUGGACACAGUUAAUCAGAAACUACUUACCCACCCUUCAAACCCACCAGAGGUGGCGCCAACACACAGAUCAUCUCCUCCUGGACACAGUUGUGAUGAUUGUUGAUCCUCAGCUUCCACGUGCUCACUGGCCAACGGGAAUGGUGGUCAAGCUGAAUGCAAGUGACGAUGGAUGUAUACGAACAGCUGAGGUCAGAGUUGGAAAGAAGACUUACCUGAGACCGGUGGCUCGGCUGGUCCAGCUAUCAGCUCUUCCUGAAGGUAAUCCUGGUUAAAGGACUCUAGCGGGAAUUUAUGGGUUUGUUACAAAAUAGCCAUGCUAUUUAGGGGGUGGCUGUUAUAAAUUCCCUUAGCGAAUAGUUAUAUGCAUAUAAGUAAUAUGUUAAUUUGUUUAAAUAUAAGCUUGAUUUGAAUAUCUGCGUAAUUUCAGUCAGGCCUCUUUCAGUUAGUCUGUUUGGAGUCAGGCAGUUUACGGGGUCAGCUAUGUUUACAUUGUGGGGGGUCCUAUUGGAGUUAGC